CGUGGGAAGGGCUGCUGGUUGAGUUUCUGGCAUUUAUUCCGUAAACAUUUUCGUUUUGUCUGUUUUUCAUGGGCGUGUUCCAAAAGAAGAAGAAGUAGAAGAAUUUACGUCCUUCGCGGGUUGGCGUCUGAGACUCACAGCCAGAGAGAGACCUCCUUUUCCUCUGCAGGACCCCUAGCUUUCCCCACGCGAAACCAAAUCAGUUGCCCUGGACUAGGACUUAAAGAGCGACAUUUCGGGGGGGUAGCCAGAGUAGUCCAGGGUUUUUCAAACACUUUAUUUUCAUUCGUGCCUGACUCCUCCCUCCUCCAGGCCCCCUCAGAAUUGUAUUGGGUUUUAGUCUGUUCUUUGGGGGAAUUGCCGAUCCGGCGCCCGCCAUCUUUCCUCAGCCUGAGCCAUGGAGCUGGGCCGCGCUCCGGAGAACCCGGCACCCGAGGACCCUGGCUUGCCUGGCGUGCCUUCUCCCGUCGCUCCGAGGGAGGCCUUCUCCCGUUUAUUACACCGCCUUUCUCGCCCGGAGGCCCGACGAGGUAAGGGGAGAGACUCAGUUUUUCAGGACCUCGGUGCUUUAAUAGAGGCUGCAGAAUGCGACGGAUUAUUUGAAGGGAGUGGUGCAUCCACGUGUGAGUUGCUGGGCGAGGUGGCAAAAGCCCUGGGGAGGCUUGCAGCCCCACCCAAGGAAGAUGGGAGUCGAGGUGACGGCCGCCCUGCGGUGGCUGAGACCGCCGUGGACGUCGGAUUACUAUUUCUGAAACUACUCCGGAAAAUUCAGACUGGCAAGACUUCCCUGGGGUGCUCUGCGUGGAAGACCGGGCUGCAUCACUUGGCAGGACCCGUCUAUCUGUUUGCUGUCGCACACAGCGUGGAACAACCGUGGACCAGCCCAAGAUCUCAGGAGGUUGCUAGAGAGGUGCUCUCCUUGCUGCUUCACGUUUCAGACUGCGGUUCUGUGGCAGGGUUCCUCCGUGGAGAAAAUGAAGAUGAGAAGGGGAGAUUGACUGCUAUCAUGGGGCUUCUCAAGCCCAAUUUGGCUAAGGAAUCGUGGAAAAAUAACCCUGCCACCAAGCAUGUGUUCUCAUGGACUCUGCAACAGGUCACUCGACCCUGGCUGAGCCAACAUCUGGAACGGAUGGUUCCGCCGUCAUUGCUCAUCUCCGAUGACUACCAAACUGAGAACAAGCUCUUGGGUAUACGCUGCUUGCAUCACAUUGUACUUAACGUGCCAGCUGCUGACUUGCUCCAGUACAAUAGGGCCCAGGUUCUAUACCAUGCCGUUUUCAACCACCUGUACACACCGGAGCAUGAGCUCAUUCAGGCUGUGCUCCAGUGCCUGCUGGAUUUAUUCCCCAUCCUGGAGAAAGGCCUGCAGUGGAAGGGGGAUACCACACGUCCCACCACACAGUGUGACGAGGUCCUGCAACUGGUGCUGACCCACAUGGAGCCAGAGCACCGCCUGCUCUUACGGAGGACCUAUGCCAGAAACCUACCAGCUUUCGUGAAGAGGUUGGGGAUCCUGAGUGUCCGACACUUGAAAAGGCUGGAGCGAGUCAUCAUUGGUUAUCUGGAGGUUUAUGAUGGACCUGAAGAAGAGGCUCGAUUGAAGAUCCUGGAGACCCUAAAACUUCUUAUCCAGCACACGUGGCCCAGGAUUCCCUGCAGACUUGUAGUCUUACUGAAGGCACUCCUGAAACUGAUAUGUGAUGUUGCAAGGGACCCAAACCUCACACCUGAGCCUGUGAAGACUGCUUUGCUAGCAGAGGCUACAAACUGCCUGAUUCUCUUGGACCACUGCUCACAAGGGCAGGUGAAGGGUCUGCUGGCCAAAAUCCCUCAAAGCUGUGAAGACAGGCUGGUGGUGAGCUGCAUCCGAAAUGUGCAGCAGGCCUCCUGAGCCACUCACUGAUGACACUCGGCAAGGCUUGUACUGGCUCAGCUCCUGGCACAGGAGAGGGGCUUGCUUUUUUUGUAUCUCAUAUUGUAUGAGUGGUUAUUUAUGGAAAAACGUUUUUACACUAAACAUGGUUAUAUUUUCUUUUAUUUCCUUUGCCUCCAUCGGCGAAGGGGAAUGAAGGUAAGAAAAAUCAAGUCCUGCCAUUUCUAAAUGAAAGCUUGUCACAGAUGGGGAAACACGCCUGCACGUGCACAAUGGAAACAAAGGUGGGUGUAUGGUUGAAAUUUAUAAUAAUUCCAUGCCCACCCCAAGAAUUCAUCUGUUAAGCUUCUUAGGCUCAAGCUGUUACAACACCACAUAUGCCAAAAAUUCUAUAAAAAUAUUCUGUUCAUAAUUUAAGGCUUCUUUCCACUUCCAGAUUUCUUGCCCCAAGAAGUGACAUAAAUAUUGAGAACACAAGUAUGAUGUGAAAUACAACAUAAUAAAAAACUGGAGGUGAA